GUCGGGUAUUUCAGUUGUUUAGCUAGAUUUACGUAUUUUUGGAAUAACAGUAGCCUAGCUACCCAGGUUGCCUCUGCAUCCAGUGACGCACUGCACAGCUAGCUUGAGCUGGCACCACAUCCCCCGUCGGUGAGCUGCUAGUGGUAGCUACUAGCCAUUCAGCUCUUGCCUGGGCUAGAUUGAGCCAGUUGUUGGAAAAAGACAACGUGUGGUUGUUUUCCAAAAAGGCUCCUUAUCAGUCUACCGACCCCCACCCUUUCUGGCCAACAAUCCGACCCCACCACCAGGCCUCAGUUACCCCUGUCCAGCUGGAGGAGGACCCUCUACCAGUCCAGCCAGGCCGGUCAGUCCACAGCGGUCAGCGGGAGAGUAUCAGGCCAGCAGCCAAGCUGGAGGGAGCCGGAGGAGGGGAGCUGGAGCCGCAGCAGAGGCCCUCAGGGGCCGAGGGCCCGGGCUUCAUGUUGAGGUAUAGAGGCUGUGGUACCGCUGCUACAGAUGCUGAUGGCACCACUACGGAGCAGAUGGAUCCGAGAGAGCAGCAGGAGGAGGAUGAUGUCAUCUCAGAGGGACACACGCACAACGGGGUAACUCUGAGGAGACCCAAUGCGCUGGAGUUGCAGAAAGUGACUGAUGGAGAGGAGGAGGAGAGAGAUGGAGGGAUGGACUCUACCUCUGCAGGGGAGGAGGACUUGAAGACUCCAGACGAGGGCUUCAUGGGCAUGACGCCUCUACUACAAGCCCACCACGCCAUGGAGAAGAUGGAGGAGUUUGUUCACAAGGUGUGGGAAGGCCGGUGGCGAGUCAUUCCUCAUGACGUGCUGCCUGAGUGGCUGAAGGAUAACGAGUAUCUCCGCCACGGGCACCGGCCGCCCAUGCCCUCCUUCAGGGCCUGCUUCAAGAGCAUCUUCAGGAUCCACACUGAGACUGGCAACAUCUGGACUCACCUGCUCGGCUGUCUGUUCUUCCUGUGCCUGGGCAUCAUGUAUAUGUUUCGUUCCAACAUGUACUUUGCGGCCCCGUUCCAGGAGAAGAUAGUGAUUGGUAUCUUCUUCAUUGGGGCCAUCCUGUGUCUGUCCUUCUCCUGGCUCUUCCACACCGUCUACUGCCACUCUGAGGGCGUCUCUCGUGUCUUCUCCAAACUGGACUACUCUGGCAUAGCCUUCCUGAUCAUGGGCUCCUUUGUUCCAUGGCUCUACUACUCGUUCUACUGCUCUCCCAACCCCAGGUUAAUCUACCUGGUAGUAGUCUGUAUACUAGGAGUGUCUGCCAUCAUCGUCUCCCAGUGUGACUUCUUCGCUAAGCCACAGUACCGCGGCGUCAGAGCAGGAGUGUUUGUAGGUCUGGGUCUGAGCGGUGUGGUCCCCACCCUGCACUUUGUCAUCACUGAGGGCUUGCUGAGAGCCACUACUAUGGGUCAGAUGGGCUGGCUGCUCCUCAUGGCUACGCUCUACAUCUCUGGAGCCUGUAUCUAUGCAGCCCGCAUCCCAGAGAGGUUCUUCCCCGGGAAAUGUGACAUCUGGUUCCACUCUCAUCAGUUGUUCCACGUCCUGGUGGUGGCAGGAGCGUUCGUCCAUUUCCACGGCGUGUCCAACCUGCAGGCCUUCCGCUACGCUGCCGGGGCGGGCUGUGAGGAGGACAAUGCCCUGUGAAGAUCCUGCACGUCGUCACGUCAACACACCACCAGGGGGAGACACAUGCAUAUAUAUACACACACACACAUAUGCAUAACAGACACCGGAGACUGAUGGAGGCUCACACACACAUACGCAUAACAGACACGGGAGACUGAUGGAGGCUCACACACACACUGACUCCCCAGUAGCCCGUCUCUCUCUGUACAUACAGAAACCCCUUAGAGGACACGGGAAAAAAAGACAAGGUUUUCUUUUCAGUUGGAAAAAAAAUUACCUACGUCUCGUUUGUUUUUCUUCUCCAUCUUGUUUUCAAUAACUGCAUCUAGGGUUUUGGACAUUUGAGACUGGUCCCCCCCCCCCCCGCAAAACAAAAAAAGUUGUGUGAAUUUUGAGUAAUCUGUUGAAGUGGUUGUUCUGAUUAUCAUCAUUCUAAACGUUGUGCUCACCGUACAAAGCAACAAAAAAAUACAAUGUGGGGGUUUCUUAAUGCUCUAGUGGUGGGGGUUUCUUAAUGCUCUAGUGGUGGGGUUUCUUAAUGCUCUAGUGGUGGGGGUUUCUUAAUGCUCUAGUGGUGGGGGUUUCUUAAUGCUCUAGUGGUGGGGGUUUCUUAAUGCUCUAGUGGUGGGGGUUUCUUAAUGCUCUAGUGGUGGGGUUUCUUAAUGCUCUAGUGGUGGGGGUUUCUUAAUGCUCUAGUGGUGGGGGUUUCUUAAUGCUCUAGUGGUGGGGGUUUCUUAAUGCUCUAGUGGUGGGGGUUUCUUAAUGCUCUAGUGGUGGGGGUUUCUUAAUGCUCUAGUGGUGGGGGUUUCUUAAUGCUCUAGUGGUGGGGGUUUCUUAAUGCUCUAGUGGUGGGGGUUUCUUAAUGCUCUAGUGGUGGGGGUUUCUUAAUGCUCUAGAAAAGCUUUACAGAAAGAAAGAAAAUUGAAUUAUGUGUGAAGUAUGUUUUUUCUUCCAUGAAAAGGGUGGGUGGGGGGACGGGCAGGCUAGCCGCUUUUCAACUUUUUUCAUGUAAAUAAGAUUUCUAAAUUCGGGUUAUAUAGAUUUAUAUUAAAUAUAUAAUAAUAAUAAAUAAAAAAACAUUAAAUAAAUACAAAAAAUGUUAAGAUAUUGAAUUUUUAAAAAAAUGGACAAAGAUGAUGUGGCAACAACCAAGAAAACACCAUUUGUGUAUAAACCAAUCAUUUGGCCAGAGGGGGGGGGAGGUGAAGUGGGGAAUAUAGGAGAACCACACACUGUUGAAGGGAGCUAUGGCACAAAGAGUUGAGACAUGUGAAGGGGAGAGGGAGAGACAACGAGGGAGGAGGCUCCGCUAUCUCCCCGGCUCAGCAAGGGUUAAGCCCUGGGUGGAGAUGUGACCUGUGACUGGCUGACGUUGAGCCCCAGUUGACAAAUCAGGUGCUGAAUUCUGUUCAUAUUCUUUUCAACAGUAGUGCACUACAUGAGGAAUAGGGUGCUGUUAUGUCUUGACGUGUAGCUAGUAGCUACUUCAUCUCAUUCCAUUAGACUGUGACAUCUAGUGUGUCAUCCCAGCAGUCAACACGACCCUUCCUUCCCUAACAUUAGAAACCAACGUUGGUGCUCGUCCAAAAUGGCACACUAUUCCCUUUUUAUAUAGUGCACUACUUUUGACCAGAGCCCAACGUAAAGUCAAUAGUAGGUACAACGAUAUAUAAGGGAACAGGGUUCCAUUCCUGAUGCAUUUCAGUUCCUCGACCCCCUCAGUGAAACCGUCAUCAGUGAAAGGUUGUCCGUUUCUAUCUCCUUACCAAGUUGAGCCUCUCUUUCUGCUCUGGUAUAAAGUGACUUUGUACUACGUUUUGUGUGAAGUGUGUGAUUCAUUGACUUUAAGAUUACGGCCCAAAGGGCACCCUAUUCCCUAUUUAGUGCACUACUUUUGACCAGGUAGUGACCUAUAUAGGGAAUAGUGUGCCAUUUGGGACCCGGGAAAUAAAAAACAUAAGAUCAAUAUUUCAGAACAAAAUAUGCAUCUCUAAAAUGUGUUUAUUUGAUUUUAUUUUAUUUUGAAUGCUAUUAUUUAGUCUAUUAUUCAUUAUCAUCACAGGCUUUAAGUUGGGUGUUUUUCUUGAUCCAAUACCGUUGUGAUUGUGUCUGUUUUUUUUUGGGGGGGGGGUUUCUAUUCUCUUUUAAAGGGUGUGUAUGUGAUUUGAAAAGAUUGAAACAUGUAAUAGCAGAUUCCCUCCGAGCGGUUUCACAACACUCUGGGGGUCUGUUUAGAGCUGCGUGUAUUAGGGCUUGAUUCAAUCCAUUGCUGAAGUUCAGCGUUAAAACACGAUUUGACAUUUUAAAAGCAAUGGUUUCUCUGAGACUGCAUUCGUGGGGAACGCUGCGUAAGUCGGCUCAAUGGGAGGUGAGCUUCGGCAGUACGGAUUGAAUUGAGUCCUUUUAGUUAUUCAUAUGUAUCAGAUCUACUUUCUAGACGUGUAUCUACGCCACGGUGCACAGCUGUGCUGAGGCUGAGAGCCUUCUCUCUCCACUGCAGAUUCAUCCGCCACACACCUGCUCAGUCGUACUGCUUCUGUACCUGUCGCUCCAGUUGAAACACUAACAGACAUGUAUUCAUUAUGACGAUAUACAGGCGGUGCAUCUGAGACCUUGAUCUCAGUCCCACUGGAUAACAGGGGUCCCAGCUAGCUUGGUUGCCAGGUCCACUAUGUGCUUUAGUAAAAUAAUGCCAUUGACGUUGAUAGUCGGAAGUUUUGCUUAAGCCUGUACAGAUCUGGCAACUAGUCGAGACCAGACAGUGGAGUCGGACCCUUAAACCCUCCAUAUAACUCUGUUGUAGAGGAGUGUGUUUGAUCAUCGGAGUUCAACAUAAUCAGGGAGGCAGUUUCCACUCUUGACUCUUUUAGGAGGAAGGAGUUCUUCUCCCUUUCUGUCCUUCUCUUGGGUUUGGGUCCUUGAUAGCCUGGUCCCAGAUGUGUUUGUGCUGUCUUGCCCAACUCAUUGUCAGACUGACCGUCAGAGUUGGCUCGGCACAAAGAGAUCUGAGACCAGGCAAGGAGGUCCUUAAUGCUCUGUGUUGAGACGAUAUAGAUGUCUUCUCAAUCUUCAGAUCCAGAAUUACAAGGCCUUUUGUUUCAUUGUGACAUUUCAACAGAAAAAAAAAACAUCAAAGGAAAACAGAUGUUUUUAAAAAAAUUAAUUUAUUUCUUUUUGUUUCUUUGGGGAAGUGCAUAUUGUUUGUUGAAGCACACGCCCAGUGGUGACUGUGGGAUUUGCAACAGGUCUUUAUAUCUGCUGUAGUUGUUCUAAUAAAAAGGGUUUGGAUUCUGGGAAA